CCGAUAACCUCACGGCCAGCCCAUUCUCCCUCCGCAUUGUCGCAUUCCCCUGCAAUUCUCUGCGCUGGACACAAUGCCGUCCGAUAAGGUCGACAAGAAGCGCAAGCGCGCCUCCGAUCGCCACGAGAGGCCCAGCAAGAAGCCUGCCCUCGAGCUGCAAGAUCUGCCUCCGCUGGCCUCCAGCGUCCUGGAAGAUGAUAGCGAACUAGCUCCGGUGAUCAUUACCACUCCCGGUCUCAGCGCUCCCCGAAACCUCCGCCUCAAUCCAUACCUCAAGACCCGCAGCAAAACCUCCUCCACGUCCUCACGAAACAAGGGAAUCGUCUCGUCCGAAUUGUUGCUCCAGUCCUCCGAGCACCCCAAGCUGGACUUUGUGGGCCGCGAGGCCGAGGAAGACGCCGACUCCCAGUUGAAGCACUAUGUCGCGGUCGUGGACCCGGAGAAGAAGACCUGGCAGUUCAUCGAAGUGCGGAAGAUGACCCUGCGUGGCUCCGUUCGCAAGAUGAGGGCGAUCGAAGAGGAGGAAGAGGAGGAGAGUGAAGAGGAGGAGAUGAAAACCAUGCGCGCCCAAAGAACCGAACUCACCAACACCUUCGGUACCAAACAAUCUCGCAAGGCCGCUCAAUCGCUCGCCGAAAACGCCCAGCUCUCCAACGUGCCCGAGGGCGCCGCCUCCGCUGCCGAAAACGCCAUUCUAUCUGCCAUGCCCGUCGAUGCGGCCACCGAUAUUGCCUCCAAGACCGCCGCCGUGCAGGCCCAAGUCCAAGCCGCGAAGCCCCUGCCCCAGCCCAACUUGGAUGCUGCGCACCCCUCGGACGUCUACCCGAUUGACGUCCUCGUCCCCAACGGCCUGGCCACGCUGCGCCAACUCCCCAACAUCAAAGAAUGGCAAGAUACCGUCAACUCCGGCGCCGCCGUCAACACCACAUCGCGGUACGUCUCCCGCCGCGUCGAAGCCGUCGCCCUCUCCGGCAACACCACCCACAUCCAGAUCCUUCGCUUCAUCCUCCUCCUCCUGGAACUGGCGCGCUGUCUCCGUCCCAGUCGCGACAAGUCCUCCGGCCCCGGCAGCAAGCGUCUCCCACCCCGCGAAGACCUCCGCCGCAUCCUCUCCGGCGGAACGACCAACGAAAACGCCGCCAGCGGCGACCAACUCGCCGAUCCGGUCAUCGACGCCGUCCGCCGCAAAUUCGCCCCUCAGGGUGCCUCCCUCUCCAAGAACGACAUCACCUUCCUUCACACCACCAUCUGCGCCCUCUCGCUGCACAUCCCGCCCCAACCGGCUAAGGACGGCGGAAACAGCUCCGCCGGCGGAAACUCCCCCAACGAGCUGGCCACCGACCCGUCCGAUCUCCGUGACGAUCUGCGCCUGGAUAACGUCGCUAUCACGCAGUAUUUCCGGGAGCUGGGAUGUCGGGUCGAUAAGCCUCGCGAGUCGGAAUUCGCUAAAUGGGGUAUUAAGGGCGGCAAGGCUGAGGCCGCGGCUAGACGUGUCGCGCGGUUGAAGAUCCCCGUCGAGUUCCCCAAGGUCAGUCGUGGCGGUGGUGGUGGUGGUGGACGGAGAUAGAUAGAUCGAUAGGAAUUGAGAGAGAGAGGGGUGACUGUGAUUGUGAUUGUACGUUAGCA